AUGCUAUCGUAUGAUGAUGUGGUUAUGCGUGCAAAAGAUUGCGUCUUUCAUUUGCAAUGUUUUACAUGUAUUGUUUGUGCUGCGCCCUUACAUCCUGGAGAAUUAUUCGCAAUGGGCGAGCAUGGUACCUUGUAUUGUCAAGCUCAUUACGAAUCAGUCAACGCCUCCGCAUCUGAGUAUCCGUUGAUAAGGAAUACCGAAUCGGUUGAUGAUCGAUUUGGACAUGCUGGAGCUGUGAACAAAACAAGAUGUAAGAAAGGCAAGAAGACAUCUGAGGACGGCGAAAACACUUCCGAUAAUAUCGAAUACUGUGAUGAAGAGACGUUAAUACAAACGAAUAGGUCGAAACGAAUGCGAACAAGUUUUAAGCAUCAUCAACUGAGAACGAUGAAAAGUUACUUUAAUUUGAACCAUAAUCCAGAUGCGAAAGAUCUGAAACAGUUGGCACAGAGGACUGGCCUUACGAAAAGAGUUCUGCAG